AUGACCACCGGCUUCAGCUCCGGUUCUUGCCGGUUCGCAGAUUAUUUUGUGAUCUGCGGACUCGACACCGAAAGCGGGCUGGAACCCGACGAACUGUCCGGUAAGCACAUUAGCCGUCGGGGUAAAUGUCGGGCUGAUGCUGAGACAAACAAGGAGGGAUGGGAAGAGGUGUUAUAACAUACGGUUAUUAUUGUGCUUUUAUUGUGUUUUAAAUAACCUGUCGUGUACUGUCAGCUUUUAUUCGCUGUCGUUUAGAGAAUAUAAAAUGAAAGACGGACAAACAGCGAACAUAACGUCAGGCCUAGCUCCUCAUCUCUCCGCCUGUUUAUGUGAAAUGUUCUGGGAGAGCGAGGGGAUUACUGACCCGCUGUGUCUCUUUAAAACACUGACAUGAAUUUCAAUUCGCCUCUCAUCUUUUAUAUACUUAUAUUUACCAGGAUGAUUUGGUGCUGGUAUUGCGCUGCUGUUGUAAUAAUGUAUUGUGAGCGACAGUGAUUCAGGUGCUGGUGAUAGAGAUCUAGAGAUGUUGUCAUAGAGGCUCUCAGCGGUCACUGCUAUUAUUACCAGAGGAGACCAGGUAGAAACACACAUGGGUGGAUUAACGUGGGGUUAGCAUGUACCAUCAUGGACCCCUCACAUCCUAGAUACACGUUGUACUUGCAGACAUCCUCGUCAAGUAACCUCUUUAGAGGGCACACCCUUCCCAUCACAGCUGUUAUAUAAAUAACUUAAUUGUCCAGUGAGAGAGGACAAUAGGCUGAGACACACCUGGAUCCUACAUAAAUGUUGAAUAUACAUUUUUCUGUUUAAAAUGGUACCCUCCUAAUCGUGGAUCUGCAUUUGUAUCUGCAUGGGAAAUAGUGACCAUGAGGUCCCUAGGUAGUCACUGGGCUCUAUGCAUGAACCAUGGGGAAUUUUUUGCAUGGCAACAGUGUCUGUUUAUUUUUUACACUGCAACCCAUGAUCAAUUGAAGAUUUUUAAUUAUCAUGAAUGUGAGAUUAAUGUAAGAAUAAGACACACCUAUACAGAAAUUGUCAAACCCUGGAUGUAAACUACAGAUUUAAAUGUGAAACCUAACCUAACAUGAACAAAAAUAUGUUAAAAAGGGACAUUUGCCACUGUGUGUGUUUAAUCGCUAUGGGGACUGAGGGGAGGCAUAAGAUACGAUGUCUUUUUGGUCACAUCCAUUUUGUAAAUCUACGAUUACACCAUAUAACAAAACUUGAGCCGAACUAGUAGGUGAUAAAGGAAAAUAAUUUCAGGUCACACCUUGUUUUAUUUACCAAUAUAUUAUAUAUAUAUAAAAUUAAUGUAAGAACAGGACACACCCAUACAUGGUGCAAUCAGUGCGGAAAUUGUCAAGACCCUGGAUCUAAACUACAGAUUUAAAUGUAAAACCUAACCUAACAUGAACAAAAGCAUGUUGAAAUGAGGACAUUAGCCACUGUGUGUGGUUAAUCGCUAUGAGGACUGAGGGGAGGCAUGUGACAGUGUGUGUCACCAUGUCUGCAGAUUGCAUCUCUAAAAAAAAGAUCUUUUUGGUCACAUCCAUUUUGUUUGGGCCCAAAAUGUAUCAAUAUUUCUCUCACAAUUCUCAUGUGAUUUUUAUUAUUUCUUACACAAAGUAGUGUUGUUUAUUUAGCCAAAACUUGGACCAACACUCAGUCAGAGGAUUUAUAAAUCUACAAGUACACCAUAUAACAAAACUAGAGCCGAACUAGUAGGUUAUACCCUUGGGUACAGGAAAAAGAAAAUCAUUUCAGGUCACACCUUGUUUAUGUAUCAUUACAUUAUAUAUAUUUUUGUUUAUUAUGAUGUAAACAUGUUAUGUGAACGCUCUGUAAAUGUCUGCUUACAGUACAAUGUAUACAUAUUCUAUGUAUUCACAAUAUAUGACCUUCAAAUGGAGCCCUGGAUACAUGGGCCAUGCACUCACAUCAUCUGGCUAAUCAGAUGAAGCCCCAGCUCUGGGUCAGCUAACAGCUCCACCCUAAUUUGAUGGUGUCAAUAAUGUGGUGACUAAGAGAUUAGUCGGCAUGAUUGCUCAGGUAUUAUGCUGUUUGGGAUUCAGGAGAAGCUAUGUUGAAAUAAUCUAACAAAAAUGACACAGUACUCAAACAGAUUUGGAUUGCAUUUGUUAUUGAUCAUUAUAGUGUUUUUUCUAAUGUCACAAUGGUAUCAUGCUCUCAUCUAGAGUGACUGCAAGUUUUUGUUAAUUGUAUAUUUAGUUUUCAGAGGAGUUCCUGGCAUUUUUAAGUAAUAUAGUUUAACUUGAUUAGUAGUCGUAGCUGAACACACUGUUCAAGACGUGAUUGUUAUAUGUCUCUGUUUCGCCUCCCUAUCAAUGUAAAAGUUGCCGAGGUGGAUAAAAUCACUCUGUCUCUGAGCCAGUAUCAGGAGUUGAAACCGAGGCAUGAUGCUAGUGAAACUACAGAGCCAGUGAAACCAAACGUCCCUCCGUCUGUUUAAGGGUGACGCUCCAUUUGCUAAUAAGGCUUCUUUUGUUCAUACAAGACUGUAAUGCUUAGAAAAAUAGCAAUAAAAAGAGGCUAUUUGAGUCAGUGUUGAUACACCAUGUAAAGGCAGAGUACAGAAAGCUUCAUGGGGGAUUUUUUUUCCUGCACAAAAGGGGGCUUUUGUGUCCCUUUGAUGACAUAUGAGCAAAGACAGCCCUAACCUUAAUUGUUUUAUUAUCUUCACCUAAAUGUCAAAGUAUCACAAAGUAAAAACCCUGCUGAUUCAUAUCUUUGGGAAAACCCUGACUGUUAAAGUGAAUGAAUGGUUGAAAUUUAUGCAGUAUUUCCCUCUAAAUUCACAGAAAAACAGGUGUAUCGCACGUCAAUCUGAAUCAUUUGAUAUUUCCUUUGAUGGUUAAUUCGCCUCUGUCAAGCACAAACCUGCUAACAUAAUCAGAUUUAGGAUGCUCUUUAUUGUCAUCAUACUGAAAGUACAACGAGAUUACAGAGCUUCUCCAUUUACAGAGCAAUAGAUAAAAAAGAAAACAGAGACAGAAUUAAAAGUACAAAAAUAGUUGUUGUAAGAAAAAAAAGAAUCGGUACAGACUAUAUACAAGAUAAAAAUCCUCUAGUGCAGUGCAAACAGUGCAAUGAAAACUAUAUACAAGAAUAGGAAAGGGAGAUAAAUAUUAAGAAUAAUAUAUAUAUUUAAAUACGUUCAUAUGAAAUAUCGAGGUAGAAUUCAACAUAGCAGCAGUGGCAGUAGUAAGUAUAUUGAAACAUGAACAAGCAAGCCCACAAGCUAACCUGUUGUGUGUCUGUUACUUAAUAUAAAGAAGUUUUGUUGAGCAGAUUAGUGCUCCAUGUUUUUAGGAGUCUUGUUUUUUUUAUAACUUCUCUUCACAACACAGUGAUUCACAGGGAGGAACUCCAGUCUGUUUUCUGUGAAACCUCUGUCUGAUUUAUCAUGACUCAGCAGCUGGUGAGAGGACUGUACAGCUGAGAGAAAGUUACACGCUUCAUGAGGCACAUUCAACCAAGAAAGAAAAAAACAACAAAUUUCUAAAAACGCAGCCCCUCUGCUUCCUGUUUGUACUUCCACAAACCAAGUUCCUGUUGACACGUUCAAAUUUAGUGGGUUAUUACUGAAUUGAGUAUAAUUCAAGAAUUCAUGCAGAGCUCUGACCAGUCCUGACCCUGACCUUCAUCUUCACACAAAUAUGAUUGCAACAGUAAGCACCUUUUUUCAUCUGUCUUUUCAAACUGAAGAGAUUGAGAAUUUGAAAGCAGUGUCAGACAAUACAUUAAUGGUGAGGGAGAAAACUCCUAUGUUUGAUCCAUAUUAUUUAAUUUGGACCAAAUGCUGUUUAUAUUGAAAUGUUUGUAAGUCAGGAAGUCAAUAUGCAACCUACAUAAAAAAGUGUAAAAAAAAAUACCUCCAGGAAGCAAUAUGUGAGUAGUGUUACAGGAAGACAAACCCAGAGUAAAAAAAAAAGACUUGCCAUUGAAGGCAGAAUGACAAUUGCCAUAAUACCCACACCUCUAAUGAAAAGAAAGAAAGGUUGGUCAUAGUGUUAUUUUACAGCCCCCUAGAUUUGACAGCUUUGUAUCCGUUUGAAAGUGAAAGUGGUCUCUGUGGUCUCUGCAGAUGUCCCACUUUACUGCAUGUUGUUGCUGUUUACUGUAGAGGAGGUGUAGGGGAUUGCCCCGUUCACUUUAAGAACUGAGCUUGUUGAAAAGAAAUGGUGCGGGAUUUCCAGCGUGAAAGAUUAUCUUUGAAUCUAUAACCUCAAAGUGUCUCGGUGUUACUAGUGUCAAAGUGGAGUUUCAGCUAUCACUUAUGUGUGUGUGUGUUUGUGUCUGUGUGUGUGUGUGUGUUAGGUUUCUGGCCACAAAUGCAAAUACUUGGAGUCCUGGUAGGUCGUCUAAUUUGGAUAAGCCAAGUUUUAUAAUAAAGAGGUGAAGUCAGCUCCAGCCUUCAGAGUUUGAAAAAUGUAGAAUCAUUAAUCAUCAAAAAGACCCAUCUCCAAGUAUUUCGGUGAUUAAUCAUCAGUUUGGGUCAUUGUCACGCCCAUAUUUGGGCAAUGACUGCCUUUGGACCACAUAGAAAAGAGAAUUUUGGAGAUGCCACCCUGGGUUUAAGAAAUAACUGAACAAUUAUGAAUUAUUUAGUGUUCAGUUGAAAGAAGGCUGUUUUUCUGUCACCGUGAUUAUUAAUGAGUUGCUUUUCUCUUAAAAAUGUGACCAUUAAAAAAAUAGUUAGGGCUCAGAGGUAAACCACACAUCUAACAUUUACACUUUUAGACCCUACGAUAACUGAAUUAAUGAGAAAAGAGGCAAAAGACAAAAUUCUAAACAAAUGCCUCUAAAGCUCUUAUUAAAGAUCAGGUUUACACCUUGUAGACAAGCAGUAUCGUGAAACAAUGGCUUGGUACAGUCAGUAAAUAGUAAGAAUGAUUACUAAGGGGCUCUCCUCCCCCACGAGUUAUUGUAAUUAUUAAACAGAUUAGUGAACAAAGUAGAGUAAUUAUAAACACUUGGAUCGUAAUAUUUGAUAUUAAAUAGGUCAGCCGUGCCUAAAACUACGUCAACAAUCUCUCUGCUAUUGUCCGUUACUUUGUCAUGAACCAAAUCUUAUUCUCAUUCAGAUCCACAGUGUGUCCCCCAUUUUCAACAAGGUGCAGAUCUAAUAAUGCUAAUAUACAGUGAAUUACAAAGAGAACAACCUGAACUUUUCUGUCGGCCCUGUGUUCAGCAGCCCAGUGCGAACCUGAUCAGCAUAUGUAUGACCCUGCAGCUCACUGACUACACUGGAAACACAGGGAGCUGAGAGACAAGUACACUUGCACACACAGGCUCCACUUAUUCAAAUGCAAAAUAUCCUUUUGAAAUUCCCAGGCAGCCUCUCUUCCCCCCGUCCUUACUCAGCAAACAAAUGAGCAUGAAUGGCUCGACAUGAAAGCUGGCUUUAAAUGCACAAUGUGAGCUUUCAUAUUUGCAUUCAGUUGUGUAUUUAUGGCUUGUGAAAGGUUGGGGUUUAAAAAUUGGCUUGAAAAUGAGUCUGAAUGAAAAGUUAAGAUGCAGUGUGAGGAUUAAUCACAGUGCUUUAAGACCUCGGGGCAAAGUGUAUCUUAAAUUCACAGGAAAAACAUUUUUCUGCUUUAUGUUCGAGGGGUAAAAGUUGCAUUUAUUUUCCCUGUUAACAAUGAUUCAUGACUCACAAAAGCAGCAAACUAAAGCAUUUAUCAGCAUGAAAAUGUUCAGAUUGAAUCACCAGUACAUGAGGUGAUAAACUGUGACAGAUAUCUGGCUAACCACUAAAAUUCCCAAGAUGCAAAAAUUCUGUUCUAGUCUUCUUUAUCAUUAUCAGUGCUUACAGAGUGGCGACAAAGUGAUGCCUAUCAAUUAUGUAACGUCAGGUUUCUGAGUCACUCCUUUGGCAUUGCAAUCAAGGAAUGGGCUUAUGGGUAUUGUAGUGUUUAGAUACAUCAACCAGAACACAAUUAAUUUGAAAACUAAAUGUGUAAUUGUGGUAAAAUGGGGAAGACUAUGAUGAAUAGUGACAUAUAAGCAUGAAUAGUUAUAUUUACAUUCUGUCUUACACCUUCAAAUGUGCACAUUCAUCUGAAUUGAAGCUCAUGACUCACUAAAAUGACUACAAGUGUUUGUCAUUUCACUUUAGUCUUCAGGGUCCAAGGGGAAGAAGGACUUUAGUGAUGGUUUGAAGUCAGCAGCUGGUCAAAGUUAACAUUCUUCACCAUCAUGGCUGCAGAGUAAUUAAACCUGCACAUUCUUGUGUUAAAGUCAGAGUAAGUUUCUCAGACGUCCAAUCCCCGGGCUGCUAACAGAUGUUUUUUGAACUGAUUUUCUCAGCAGUAACGUUUCCUCAAAGCGGUGCUAACUUUAAAGAUUUGACGUCUGCAGCUUCCUGUAAGCUGAAGAUGUGGCGUUGAUUGGUGCGGUUCAUGUUUGUAAUUUCUGUUGACCUCUUUUCUCAUCAUCAGGUUCAUGAUUGAAGUCACAACCGACUCUGUACAGUUCCUUUUUGGUACUUAUUCAUGCUAUCUGCAGACAUCAGUGAUAUACAAAGCUUGAAAGCAGAAAAUUUAACACAUUAUAUUGUAAAUUCAUAAAAGUAGGGGUAGAAAUAGGAUAUCUGUGAGUUUAUCAAGGUGGAGUUUUUAGAUUUCGUGCCACAUUGCUCAGGUUGCCCAGAAAUUGUAGGAGCAGGUGCAUGAUUUACUGAGAACCCCAAAUGCAGCACAGGUGUGGUUAUGUAAUAACACCUGUGCUGCUCCUCAUAUAACAAAAGGAUCUCAGCUGUUUUGAUAGUAAAGGAAUAAGCAGUGAGAGCAGUCUUUGUAACAAAUACCUGGUUGUAACAUAAGAUAUGGUGAAGCAGUUGGUCUCCAUUGUUUGGGUUUGCUUGGGGAAAGUUAGUUUUUUUCUCCACAGUCAAAAUAAUUCAUUAAUUUAAAUUUUAGUCUGAGAGCUGCCUCAGCAAAACUCUGACAACGCAGUCACGUCUCAGUCACUGUAGGAGCUGACUGUCAUAUCUGUUGAUGUCGCUUUUUAGAGUGAUGAACAAAAUGUGAUGGAUAAAGAGUUCAAACUGGAAUAAAACUUUAUGUCACCUGCUAAAUGACAGUCAUUUUAUCUGAUAGGGGAAAAAUCUGUAACUUUUAAUACUGAUACUAUAAAAGUUUUAUUCCUAAAGCUAACGAACAAACAGGAUGUUGGUUUAUUUUGGCUGCUAGACUAUGAUAAGAAUUCUGCACUGAUUUCGAUAAAGAAGAAGGUGAUGUUUGCACGCCAGAUCCCGCCAAACUAAACGAUAAAACUUUCCCACACUUUGAGAAGUGCCAAGAUUUUAAAAAAAAAACAAGUCAGAGAAACUAUUUGUGAAUUUUGAUCUUAUCUGUUGGGAAUACACGCGGUGCAGGCUGAAGUUGAGGUUGGGAGUGAGCUAUCAGGCUCAUGUCAGUGCCAGGUCCUUUGGGUGAAGAAGUGUUGAUGUUUUUGCUGCUGAGCUAUUUCCAAGUGUCAGCAGUGGCUUCAGCACAUUCUGCUGCCAGCAGUCAAGUCCAGUCACGUUUGAUUGUUGCUUUUCUUGUCACAGAGGAACAUCCCUUUAUGCGUGGCGCCCUGUUGGGCUGUGUUACUGUACUGUAGGUAGGUGUGAGUGUGUGUGAGCACAGGAGGGGUACAUGACUGUGGGUGGUCCUUGGCUCGAAGGAUGAGAGAAAAAGACAAGGAGUUAGAGCUACGUGACGCUCUCCACUCACUGCAUCUGGUCCGCUCUCUAUGGCGUCAUCAUCAUGGUCUGUUUGUUAGAGAAGUCAUCCGGGAAAUGUUAAAGGGAUAUUCCAGUGUAAAAUUAAGUAAGGAUCAAACACACUGUAACACAGAGUCAGACACCCCGCCGAGAGAUGAAUGUUGCCGACUGUUUGCUUCUCUAGUUAUACCAACUUCAGCAACGACCGCACCAUAGCAAUACACAGCGGUCUAUGUCUUCACAUGCAAACCUCGACCAAAAAGCCACAAAUAAUGCUCAUAGCAGCACCUAACUUCAUCAACAGUACAUAUAGGGUCCCAGCCAUAGUACUAGCCACCAAACAACUUUUUAACUUUGCCUGAUUUCUUUAGCAAAGAGACCAAACACAACUCACCUACUCUCUUCCAGCAGCCGCUUGUUUGUACAGAGACCUCCGGGUGAGUCCAUUACCGCAGCGGAGUUUCGCAGCUCAAGGAAGAACAUUUAUGAUAAUUUCUUCAUGGAAAUGCAAUCAGUCUGAGAUGCUAAGGCAGAAGAACUACCACGUCUGCAGUGCAAAAUGAUUAAUAUGGUGAUUAUUACUUUAAGGUAAUGAGAAAGUAAUGAUCAUAAAUGUUCUUCCUUGAGCUGUGUCACCCUGCUGCAGUUGAUAGACUCGCCCGAGGUCUCCGUACAAACAGGCAGCUGCUGGAAGAGAGUAGGUGAGUUGUGUUUGGUCUCUUUGCUAAAGAAAUUAGGCAAAGUUAAAAAGAUGUUUGGUGGCUAGUGCUAUGGCUGGGACCCUCUAUGUACUGUUGAUGAAGUUAGGUGCUGUUCUGAGCAUUAUUUGUGGCUAUAGUGUGGCGUUUUGGUUGAGCCUGUGGCUCCUCAGACUGCUGUGUAUUGCUAUCACGUGAUCGUUACUUAAGUUAGUUUAACUAGAGAAGCAAGCAGUCGGCAACAUUCAUUUCUUGAGGGGGCGUCUAACUUGGUGUUAUGGUGUGUUUGACCCUGAAUUAAUUUUACGCCAGAGUAUCCCUUUAAAGCUGUAGAGUUUGUGAGUUUCUCUAGUCAUGGGCGACUUCCCAUCAGUGCUAAUUAUCAGGUGAUGAUGGGGCUUGAAAGGAACACCUGGGCUCUGUCUGCACACUGCACUUGAACAGUCUGUUGUCCUGUGUGAAAAACUAAAGUACACUAUCAGCACUGCGGUCUCAGACUCAGCUAUUUUCAUUUUCCUCGGUCUUGGAAACACAUUCUGUUUUGCUUCCCUUAUUAGUAUCACAGACAAGAUGAUUUGUGCUCACUCAGUUUCCUUCUCUUUAAAAUGAUCCUGUGAUUUUCACAAUCAACAGAGUUUUCUGCGAUGGUGCCAUGACCUUACUGUGAUUUAUGUAAAUGUAUCCUUUCCGUCACCUCGAUACAUAAAGUGGCAAUGCUUUUGCAGAAAACCAGAAAUAAUGAAACUGUUUUGGUGAAGUAAAACAACACAUCUCCUCCUAACACCGGAUGCGUCCAGAUGUUUGUUGAGUCAUUUCAACACUUGACUUUGUCCUAAAUGUGUUUGCAAACCUCCUCGGUCACAUUAUCACGUCUGUUUUCACUUGUGUUUUGGAACGUGACCUACAUGAUAAAACCUCUCAAUCAGCAGUGGUUGGUUUCGUUCUCUCUAAACAAACUUAACUUUCAUAGUCUUUAUAUGUAAACAAUGAAAAGUUGAUAAGUAAUCUCACUUUCUGACCUGAUCUGAUUUUUAUUCCCCUUAAUAUUUGUUUGUUCGGUCUUAUUUCUUCACUUUGGGCAGUAACUGAAUAACUCAUCAAUCCACUUAGACAUGAGUUUUUUUUCCUUAACCAGGGUUUAUUUCUAAAAGUCAAAAAUCAAAGCUAUGUUUGUAGCUCCACUCAACACCUCCCUUAAAUCAAUGUUGUGUUAAUACAGGAUAAUCGGAUAAUACUGGGCAUUUACUUAAGGGAUAAAGGUUCAUUAAUGCAACUUUAAUCUGUUUUUUUUUUACCCUCAUAAAGUCAGAUUCAUUAUGUAAGAUCUCAUGUAAAAUUCUCAGCUAUUGCCUUCAAGACCAAGGAAAUCAUGUUAUUAUGCGAGUGGAUCUUUUCUUUCUCAGAGGCCACAUGCAGAAAAAAAAAUCCCUGCCCAGCUACAUAACAGGGGUCUUUUUAUGUCAAAUGUUAGAUAACCUUUCUGUGCUCCAGGGCCAGGCUGUCUGCAGUACAAGAGCAGUCACUGAUACUGUCAGCCCCGUGACUGUGAAAUGACCGGAUACACACAUUGAACAAUUCACAACACUGAGAGGUUCUUAAAUUAUCAAUGGGAAUGUCAGAUUGUGUGACUGUGCAGAAGUUUUGGUUUUCUUGUUCUUUGUACGUAAAACUCUACAUAUGUCCAUUAAAUGUGUCGGUUUCUUGAUAACCUCAAACUCCUCUAAUCUGUGGCACUCUACUUUUAUUUUGAAGCUUUGGUCAUACGUUUUGAGUGUUUCUAAACAACAGAGUGUCUAUAGGUUUAAGUGCAAGCUUCUGUGUUCACUUCUACAAAAAGACUGUUACAUGUCAAAGGUGAUAAUAUGCACAAACUUUGAUGAUGCUUUGACUUUUAUUGACUUCCAUUAAAGGUGGGGUAGGCAGGAUCUGAGGAAGUGCCAGUUUUUGGGAGAAAUCUUGAAUGUAAACUCUACCCCUUUCAACCAGUUUUCCCCUCAGCUCCUCCUCUCCCCUCCCUCUCUUCUCCAGCAAGCCCCGCCCACAAACAGACGCUCCUGCUCGCUCAUAUCGUUCCAAUUAAAUUCAGAUAUAAUGCAGAUAAAUACUUAAGAUAACUACAAAUGGGGCCCAGUCAACGUGAAAGUAAAAAGCAUUGGUGCUACUGCAGAUGACAACAGACUACCAUUAAACACAAUGUUUGAAGGACUUCUACAACUAGCAUAAAGUGACAAUUUUAAAAUGUUGACUACACAGACAUAACAAAACACAGCGAUAUCGUUAUAUUACCAAAAGUCAUCAAUAACUCAUAGCUAUUGGCUGAUAUUAAAAGCUUUUUUUAUAUAUACACCACAAAAAAAGAUGCUUCUUUAACAGAAUCUUGCCUACCCCACCUUUAAAAAGAUAAACUGUCUAAAGGCUGAAGACCUCCGAUACCAACCACAUUCCCAUCAGCCACAGCUGUAUUUGCUGCCACUACUCAAAUGUUUGCAUGCCAACAUGCUGAAACAACACAGUGAACUUAGUAAACAGGACUUUUUCCCUUCUCUCUGCAUUGUAGUUAUUAGCAUGUUAGCUUGUUAAUAUUAGCAUUUAUCUCCAAGCAUCACUUUGCCGAAGUACAGCUUCACAGCACUGCUGGCAUGGCCGAACACUCUCUGUGUGAAGAGAAUGUAAUCCAUGCAGACGGUGAAUGGAUUUGCAUGAUCAUUGGAAGAAGAGGAAACCAAAACCAACAGACAGACCUGAUCAUUGUAUCAUCUUUACUUCUGCAGCUGGCUUGAAUUAGCAUACCCUCCUGAUAUGGUCAUUUCCUGUGUGCAGCUUGUUCUCAGAGCAGAGCUGUCAGGAUGUUUUUUGCACUGAGAAGUGAUGCGCUGCCCACCUUGAACCAGGCUUUUAAUUCUAUUUUUGUUUUAUUUGUUGUGUAGCUUUAUGCCAGUAUAUAGAAGCUACUAAAUUCAGAGAUGGGGCCAGAGGAAAUUUGGCAAAAGAAGGUAACCCACCGACCACACACACUCCUCCCCCUCUUAACCUGAGCUCAGCUUUAACCCUCCAGCCUUUAACCUAGCACACCUUGCCUUAUUUUUUCAUUCCAGCUCUCUUUUGUUACUUUAUAUUCUCAGUUUUCACAGUUAUUUUCGGCACAGGUGUGGGGACCCGCCCUUUCUGUUUCUGUCGAGCACUCUGAUUUCUCCCCUCCUGGUUUCUGUCUGCCUCUCCCCCUCCCCUGGCAGCGGCUCAACAAUGAGCUGAUGUUUGACAAUCACCGCUUCUGUUUCUUUCUCUCACACACACACAUGAAUCAAGUGCUGCCUGCGGCUGCGCUGGCAUUGCUUGGUCAAUGUUUACUCUCCCCCCUUCACUCUGAAUGACUUUUCAGUGCUGCCUUGGUGUGUGCAUCACUUCUGCCUUACUCUGGGUUCAAAUCAACUCGAUUUACGCUUCCUCUGAAUGAUCAAUUAAUUUUGUGUGUUUCUUUGUAUUGCCAUUAAAGCUGUCAGGAAGCACUACCGCGCAAAAGUUGGACAGAUUUCCUUCUUGAUAACUGACCAAAUCUUGGAGUGAAGCUGCUUGUUUGGAUUUGUUAUUAAGCUCGCUGUCUAAAAUAAAGUGCACAUGACAGCUUUAUAUGACGCAAUACAAUCUUCCUCUUCAAACAAACAUGCUGACUUGCUUUUUUUCCUCCGAGGCUGUGCCUGGCAUUUUAAACUUUUUUUCUUUUCAGACCAUUAUUUUUGCUCUUGUAUCUUGACCUGAAACUGUGCUAACUGUCUCUCUCUUUUGUUUGUUUUUUUUGCUCUCUCCUCUGUUUGUUUUUUACUUCCAGGUGAGAAUUUUGAGCAGAGUCCAUUGCGGAGAACCUUUAAAUCCAAAGUUCUAGCACAUUUUCCAGACAAUGUCGAGUGGAAUCCAUUUGACCAGGAUGCAGUGGGCAUGGUAGGAUCUCCCUGCAUGUGUUUAGUUUUAUGAUUUCUAUUGUAAGAAUAUUGAACACAUAAAGAGGUGGUAGCAUCUCAAAAUCACUGCGAAUGUGAGUAAUAAUACAACAUUUUAGUGCAGAAUCACAUGAAUAAAGCAGAUGUUUCAUACAGUGAUCCGUAUGAAACAGAGUGUUUAGUUCUAUGAUGUCUAUUCUAAGAAUAUUGAAAACAUAAAGAGGUGGUAGCAUCUCAAAAUCACUGCGAAUGUGAGUAAUAAUACAACAUUUUAGUGCAGAAUCACAUGAAUAAAGCAGAUGUUUCAUACAGUGACCUGUUAAGCAGUAGAGUAUAAGUAGAAAUGAAAGAUAUAUUUGACUUGUUUUAUUGGUUUGUCCAGAUUCCUUGAAGGAAUGGUUCAAGUAUUUCUGAUAAUAUGUUUUUUAUUUCAUAAGUCAGAGAGAAACAGGACAACACUGAGCUUUAUUGAGCUGAAAAUCAGGUGGGAAAUAGCUUUACAAAAAUAUUAAGGGUAGAGGGCCUACAGCAAACGCAGCACUGUCCAAAGGUAAAAAAUCUUCACUAACCGGAUGCUCAAAAACCCUCCAAGUUCUUAUUGUUUUUCUCUUAUUACAAAAUUUGGUCAGCUGUGCGGCUUCCUUUGUGGAAAGCCAGGCAAAGUUGUAGUAGCUCAAUGCAUUCCUCUUUGUCUUCAGUUUUCUUUAACUGUGUAAAAAAUAACCAUUUGGUGAUGAAGAAAAUACAAAGAGUUAGUUUGACAUUUUGAGUGCUGAUAGAUGUCACUUUGAGUGUCUGUUCAAGUUCAGCUCAGUUUCCAAAUGUUUAUAAUGAGUUUGACUAACCCCUGUAGAUAUUCAGAGCUACCACAGAUAUUCAAGUAGAGCUUAUCUGUUUCUCAAACUCUUGUAAACGCUCUUCUAAACUCAUGUAAAAUAUGAGCUGAGGUACAUCUGUCCUUCCUACUUCUCUGAUAACUCUUCUGCCUUUUCCCUCACAGCUCUGUAUGCCAAAGGGUCUGUCCUUCAGGACGCAGGUGGACACCCGGGAGCCUCAGUUCCACUCCUUCAUCAUCACCAGAGAGGAUGGCUCUCGGACCUACGGCUUUGCUCUCACCUUCUUCGAGGAGGUGACCAGUAAGCAGAUCUGCAGUGCCAUGCAGACUCUGUACCACAUGCACAACGCAGAGCAGUACGACAUCUUGCACACUCCAACCUCGCCAAAGGGGCCUGUGGACCAGCGACACCAACUCUCCUCCCAGCCCCGUCCCGUGCUCCAUGCAGCGCCCGCCAUCUCCCAACUGCAGCGCUUAAACUCCUACGACAUCAGCCGUGACACGCUGUACGUGUCGAAAUGCAUCUGCCUGAUAACACCCAUGGCCUUCCCUCAGGCCUGCAGGAAGGUGCUGCAGCAGCUCCACCAGGCUGUUACCUCCCCCCAGCCCCCACCUCUUCCUCUGGAGAGCUACAUCUUCAACAUCCUCUAUGAGGUACCCAUGCCCCCCUCCGGACGUUCACUCAAGUUCUCAGGCGUCUAUGGGCCCGUGGUUUGCCAGAGGCCGAGCACAUCUGAGCUGCCUCUGUUUGACUUUGCCGUCAGUGAGAUGUUUGAGCUGCUGGGGGUGGAGAACGUUCUCCAGCUGUUCACCUGCGCUCUGCUCGAGAUGCAAAUACUGCUCUACUCACAGCGUAAGUACUACUGCGUCUUUUAACCUUCUCAUGUUACCUCAGCAUCCUCUGCAUUAGGAAACAUUGAUUACACAUUGUACUGCGUCUCAGUAGGUCAGCUCAUGCACUAAAGAGAUUGAUGAGGAUGUGCUCAUAAUAAUCAUAUACCCUACAAACCUGUACUUUUUUCAAUUGAGCUAAAAGGAGAAAAAAACUAUCAUUAAAGCUUUUGUUAGGGAAUUAUAGGGUAACAGGAUCCUGUUAGAUAUAGAUUUUUCAAAAUAUACCGCUGGAGCCAGGAGACAGAUCAGUUUCAAGACUAGAGAUUGUCAGGGGAUCUGGUUUUUAUGUCUCCUGUUGUGGUUUAGGAGUUUUCAAAAUCUUUCUUACAUCCAGAAAAUACACUUUAUGAUUGAUACAUAAGAUAUAUUUGAUCAAAACUAUGCCACAUGAUCCAGAUAGCAGGCAUUUUCCAAGUGCUAGUGAAUAAUCUAAUGAUAUCUCAAUGAAGUAAAAAGGCUCCUUUAUUAUAACUUCACUCAUCCAUGAGAAAGAUAAAACAGAUACAGCCUUGAAAACAUAUCUAUUGAAGAUGAGUUUUCAUUCAUAAGUCAUGGAGAUAAUUUGAUUUCAUUGGUACACAAAAGCAUAAAAAAGCAUCAACUGGGUAAAUUCCCUAGUUUCUAAUGCUCUUACAUGCUGUGAGCGCACAUGUUGUGAUGCUGUUUCUCUCUCCCGUCAUACUCCGACUCUGCGGCCAGCUUCGGAUAUUUUUGGAUGGUUGUUGUAAGGGAACAAAAACCACCGCCGUGGGCUACGACACUUAUUUAGUAUGCAUGGUGGAAGUAUUAUCCAGCAGAUUACAUAACCUGUUGAGUGUUUCCAUCAAAGAGAUACACUGUCUGUAACAGACAAAGUAAAUGUCAGCUUCUCUCAGCCGUCACACGCAGCAGCAGUCGUGUGUGUUUUUGUAUGUCAUGUAGGCAUAUUUAAACCGCUUCUGUAAAAAAAAGCCUUUUUUUUUUGGUGACAUGUAUUAAUUUUAAUCAUCUGGUGAAUAAUUUGUCUGAGCUUAACAGAAAAAAAUCACAAAUUGCAGAGAUGCUUAUAUGAUUUGAUCAUCGGUUGUAGCUGCUAUAAAGAUAAAGAUGAACUGAAUCCAUCUCAUCCUUCACCGAGCUGGAUAGAAAAAUAGAAAAGGUGGCCUCUGAGUCCUCUCGAGAUGAUUUGUGUGUAUUUGUGUGUGUGAAGAGGAAAAAGGAAAUCAUUCAAGCCUCCAAGGUCUGGUGUGGUGAUUGGAUCCAUUACACAGGCAAGAGAAGGCAAAUGGUUUACAAAACUCCAGGGGAGGGUCUGGGGGGAGAAGCUCUUAAGGGGGAAAGCUGUGGUGUUGCCAGGCAACCUGGAGACAGGGAGGAUAGCAGUGAUGCAGGGCGAUUAUUAUUGGUUGGAAGUGACAUCAUGCCACUUUUUUUUCUCUCCCCCCACAUGAAGCUCAUCACUGCAGAACGUGUGAAGAGUGUUGUGUUGUGUCGAGUUAAGCCCUGGCAAUCUUCCACGGAGAAGAAACGAGGGAUUGUUGGGAAGAAGAUGCCAUGCUCUUAUUCACACACACUCACACAGAGGAGGGAAGCUCUUUAAAUAAGUAGACCAUGUAUUUGCUAUGUGACAGAAAUAGCGCUGUAAUACAUUCCUCUGAUAAAGAUAAAAACAACACUGACUGCAGCUAGUCUCGACUCUACGAAGACAUCAGAAGAAAAAAAAAGAGGUUUAAAAUCUUUCCGCUGCUGCUGCUGCUUCCACUUUGUUCUAACAGGAAGAAGAAAAUCAUGUGCCAAUCAUGUGUCGGCCGUUGUGACAUGCAGCUAUUAAGCCAUUCCUUGUUUUUGCUCAUUCAUAGGAUUCCUCUGUCUGUACGUGAUCGGUGACGGAAAAGAUAAAUAUUUAAAGAAGAGGGCGAUGAGUUUGGAGGAGAGAUCUGAAGGAUUUUAGAGUUACACAACACUCGAUCGAGCCACAGUGAUGCUUCUGAUUCAUCUAAAAUUAGAUCAAAUAACACAAAUUUGAGGGGAGAUAUCUGUCUGUGCUUUUUCCAUAUUUACAACAAAAAAUUGGUGUCCAUUUAAGAUUUAUUCAAAUUUUUAAAUUGCGAACCACAGAUGUAGAUGUAAACUGCUCAGAACGGUCCAGAACCGGGUAACGCUGCUCUGCUUUACUACUCUGUUGAGUAGAGAAGUACAAAACAUCAAACUCUGUCCUCAGCUGUCCACGGAAAGUCUCCUUUUGGAUUACUUUUACCAGGACACCGCAUUUUUAACAGUCAGAUGUACUUUUAUAACCACAAAAUGUGCCAGUUUAUUUUAACCUUAUAGUUUAUGAGAGCUUCCUAACAACAUCCUGUAUUUUAGUGUUGGUAAACUUAAUUAUUUGUAACAUAUGAACUGAUAAAAUACAUUGCAUGUUAAAUGGAGAGCCACUUGACUUGAAAAUGGGUUUUUAUUUUGCUAAUGUCAUUCUGAUUCUUGCUGUAUUAAAUUAUAUCAUCACUUAUGAACUUUUUUAUCACAUUCUCAGAUUUUAUUCUCAGAUAAAUUUAUUAUUCUGAUUCUGAUUCUACUAAAAGUUGAGGUUUGUGUACCUUUCCUGAAAAUUCCUGGCACAAAUAUACUUAGCCGAGCUGGAUUUAGUUCUUCAAAUGCCAGUUAAUGGCACAAAAAGAUAAGAGUGGCUUGUUGGGUAAAGAGUGUAAGAGUCAGCAUGAGAAUAUUUAAUGUUUGCUAACAUGCUGUUGUGGGGUUUACAUCAGAACCUUGAGCUUGCUUUCACUUUGUAACAGAAGUUAUACCAGAAACAAAUAUCAUAGAAGGUAUUGUUGUAUUUGAGGUGUCCAGAAGUGACAGUUUUCUGAGAAUUUUUUUUCUUUUCCAUCCUCAUGAAGCACAAGACCUCUGUUUUUAAAAGUACCGUUCAAGUAGAGUUAUUAUUUUUUCAAAUCCUGACAAAGGGGGUAGUAAAGACUGAAGUAAACACUGUCAAAGUCGAGCACAUUUGAUCUAAAAAGGUUAAAGAUGGUCUCAUUGAGUUUGAUGAUGCGUCAGUGGCACCACUGGUAUUUAGUCCUCUUUGCAUGUUAAUGUCAACAUGCCAGUGUUGGUUACACAUCGCUCAUGUCUGGAUCAAAAUACUGCAGAACUAUGUCAUGCUACGGGAUACUAUCUCCCAUCUACACUUGUUUACAUUUGGGUAGAGCGUCACAGGAUAAUUUCAGUAACUGGAGCCACAGUCCCAGCAGCCACGCUACAGCUUAGACACAACAUAUGAUUGACAUUUAGACCUACAGUAGGACAGAUAUCGAUCAUUCUAUUCAGGGACCGCUAAAUGAGGGUAACAACAUUUGACUGGUUAGUUCACUAAUCAAUAAGCUAACAUCACAAAGAGAUUGUAGUUGGAUUUUUAAAAAGUUGAUUUUGAAUCAUUAAUUUUUUUUUGUCUCAUUUUAGAUUAUCUAUCAUGGAUUUUUUUAUGUAUAUAUGUUGUUUUUAUGCUGUUCAAACACAUUUUAUUAAACAAGCAGUGAAAUCAGAAUCAUGCAGGACCUCCAUAUGUAGAAAUGUUUCUCUGUGUGCGUCCACUUUAGUUUUCGGGCUACUGUGCUGCAUAUAUUUGCCAUCCAACUGUAAACUGAACAGUUCAAGCAUCACUCCAACUCUGAACUGCAUCCAGUUCUCAGUGUGGGCAUGUACAAACUGUUCAAGCAUUUGAGUAUAUAUAGGCAUCAGUACUUGACUGUUUGAGACUCGAGUUGAAGUGGUUUCUUGUUUCAGUGGCCCAGUUUAAGUGCAGACGGGUGAUGUUAGUAUUCCUGUCCCCGUCCUGGGAGAGGAAGAAGGGGGAUGAAGGAGGGGGGAGGCAAAGGCAGAGGGUGAGAGUCUCUUCUCACGGGAGCAGCAGCAUAUAACCAAAUGAAGGAAUGGUAUUUGUUUUGGCUCCAUAUCAGGAGAGGCAGAGCUGCUGUCUAAUGUACAGUAGGUGUCAAAAGGAUAGAGCAGGAAUGCAGAUGAAGAGGACUGGAUACAUAUUUGCACUUAUACACGUUGACUCAAGUGUGAACAUAGAAGGAGUGGAGAUGUGUGGAGUCAUGACAAAGGAAUUCCACAUUAGCCAGAGGGAAGACUGACUGCAGCUGUGACAAAGUUCACGCAGUCUUCUUGUUUCUUCAAAAGAUAUCAGCCACAGAGGUCUUACUGAGGACUUCCUCUGUGGAUCAGAUGGACUCGCCUCAAAGGGAUCAAAUCAAUACUGUGAUGGUUGAGCAUCAAUAUGAUGUCUUUAAAAAAGGCGGUAAAAUGUGCAUACAGGUGAAGUUACAGCACUUAUAAAUCCAUCAGUUCUGAUUAGAUCAAAUAUAGCUGAAGACUGUAAAAAGUCCUCUUGUCUUCUUUACAGGAAAGGUCAGAUCAGCUUGUUGUUGCGUUUCCCUUCUUUUAAUUCUGUGUUUACAUUGAGACAAACACAACUUCGUUUCCUGGGCUGCUCUCAGGUUUUUAGAGGUGAAGUAUGAACACAGGAGACACGGAAAGUGUGUCAAAGAGAGACUUGAGGGGAAAAAAAUAAACAAAAAUUAAUGAGGUUUGCUGAGAAUAGACAGAAUCACAGGAUCCUCUGUUGGUGAGUCAGUCUGUUGAGGCCUCGCACAUUGACCUCCUCAGACAUGUCUCAGAUCACACAAACAGAAAGUGGUCCUUGCUAUAAUGCGAAUAAGCUGUUCACUAAGGAUCUGUUUGACACAUGUAAACUUAAAGGUAUGUUAUCCCUCAGUUUUGACCCUCAGUCCCUAAGAGUUGGUCGCCGGUUCAACGCCUCCACUCCUACAUUUACAAAACAACAACCAGAGCAACAAGUUAACAUUGUUCCAGCAGGGUUUGGUGUUUUCUUUCGGCCUGUCAAGUUAUUCCACUUUGUCUCUAUCUGGCUUAGCUGUGCCUUAGGUUCAAAUAAGGCACCUGACAUUCAUAAUUUUGUUGUUGUUGUUGUUGGAUAGUAGAACUCAUAUUCAGUUUCAGAAAAAUGAGAUACAUGGACAGUUUGGUUUGAUUCUUUGUUUUAACGUCUUUAAUUUGUCUCGGUUAUUUCUCAACAUGCAUUUGAAAAGAAAAGCUUCCUCAUGACCAGCACAGCCUCUGAGUUUUGCUCUUUAUGUUUCACUGCAGCAGCAAAACAAAAUGCUGAGUCCUCCACUCUCGUCUCACUGCAACAUUAUAAAUUCUAUGAAUUUGUUCCCCGUACUAUUUCAUGCCAUUGUUGUGCUGACUACUUGUCUGUUGUCUUUAAACUUGUUCAUUUUUUUAAAGAUUGUUUGCUGGUGACAAACAUAUUUAUAUUUAUAUUAUAACACCCCUGCAGAGAAGCCUCUUCAAUUUCGUCAUGUAUUAACCUUCAUAAUGACAAUAAAGUCUAUUCUCAGUGAUUCUACGCAAGUAUGGAAUAAAUUUGAUCAAUUUCCAGGUCUUAAAAAGUGUGGAAAAUAAAAAAUAAAGUAUGUAAAAAUAUUUGUUUCCAGACUAUUACCACAGAUCUGAAAUGCUGUCUUCAAAAACAGAGAAAAGUAGGGUAUGGAAAAGUAUGGAUAUUCCAAAAGUGUAGGAACCCUGUAUUCUAUUUUAUUCGGUUCUAUUGUCCACUAAAUAUUGAAUAUAACACUGAUUACAUCAUGACCUAUCACAUUAACAAGCAGAAAGUUGCCUGCAUUGGUUUGAUUACUGCUGAAAAACCAUCAAUAAAGAGAAAACAGCACAUGUGAUCACUCAAUCAUUAAAAUCACUAAGAUUUAAAUGUGAUUGUCCACUCAGAGAAUAUAAAGCCUGUAUUUAGAUUCUGCAUGAUCAGUUUUCGCCAUGAGUGUUAACCCACUUUUUUUUUCUAAUUGUGUGUGUGAAACAGAUUACCAAAGGCUGAUGACGGUGGCAGAGAGCAUCACAGCCUUAAUGUUCCCCUACCAGUGGCAGCAUGUGUAUGUUCCCAUUCUACCCGCCUCCCUCCUCCACUUCCUGGAUGCCCCUGUGCCGUACCUUAUGGGCCUCCACUCCAACGGACAGGAUGACCGCACCAAGUUAGAGCUGCCGCAAGAGGUACUGAUGCAGAAAUAGCAGCUUCUUAUUAUUAAUAUCAUUAUUAAUAAACAUGGAUCUGUUUCAGUUGUUUUAUUUUCUACAAUAAAAAACAUUUUUUGAAGAGGAUAAUUGUAGUGAAUAAAUUCCUGCCUGUCUUUGAAUGUUUGGGCCUAACCACAAUAACACCGGCUUAAUCUCUGAUAAGGUCUGUUUUUGUUAUACUGCAGAGGUAAGACCUUUGCUGUCCUGUGAAACAUGUCAGAGAGGAUAGUUUUCCUCUUGUUACCCUCCUUGAAGCAGCUUCUUAUUCUUGCUUAUUUGUAUUUACCUUAUUACUCAGAUGUGUUAACCUGCUCAGCCUCUUUACUGCACUGCUGUCUGUUUGUCAUAAGGGGUUUUUGUUUCAUUCAGGCAUAUUUUGUUUUCUUGUCCCUUGUCAAAUCUAAGGCCAACUUGUGUUUUGUGGACAUCGACAACCACUUCAUCGAGCUGCCAGAGGAGCUGCCCCAGUUUCCAAACAAGCUGGAGUUUAUUCAGGAGAUCUCAGAGGUGCUCAUGUCCUUUGGAGUGUCUCCAGAGGGAAAUAUCCACUCGAGCGACAGUCAGGCCAAGUACAGAUUCAGAUCUGUCGAUGUGGUCUCUGAUAAGCGAAACGGCAACCUGGCUUCUCCCCUCAACUCCUUCCUACUGAGGGAGAAUGAAACUAUCGCCAGACUGCAGGCGCUGGUUAAGAGGACAGGUGUCAGCCUGGAGAAGGUGAGAAACAAGGCGAAGGGGGCUGCAUGAAAACUCAGCCUGAUAUUCAUUUAUGAGGAUCAGCUAUUGAUGUUUUAAAGGCUCUUGAAGACCCACUCGGAUGAAAAUCAUGUUUUUCUUGUUGUCUACAUGUUCAUAUGGUAUUUUUCUGAUGCUACAGGACAUAUCAUGAGAAAACUAAGUGUGAAAUUGUAUUUCUAAGUAUCUCUACAUUCAAAUCGCUGUGAAUCUCUGGCCGACCCAAACGUCAGGCUCAGAUACAGUGAGAUUUCCUAUGUAGCAAAUUCAAGCUCCACCCCCAGAGCUCCGCUAUACAGGCCUGACUCAGAGAAAUAGAGAGGACAAUCGCAGAACAAGCGUGUGUGUUAGCGACUCGCAAUGCUAGUAAGAAAGCUACCAACUUUCUUCAUGCCCCCAAAGACGUUAGUGUCCAAAAGCUGAAUAGCUCCUAUGUUACCUGCCACUUCUGUGAAAAUGACACAGGUAACGAGAUUUUGGCUUAAAAAUUCAUAAUCACAAUUUAAAGACCAUUGAUAACACUUUAAGAAGUAAAAAAAAGGUCGGAGUGGGAUUUUAAAAACUGGGAUGAUGGGAUGAUGAAGUUUUCCAAGAAAAUAGGUCAUGAAUAUUUGAAUUAGUGAUGAGUAAAGAGAAUAUUUUAUAUGAUUAACAUUUGACCCACAUUGUUCCAGUAAACUUUUUUCAAGUUUUCUUAAAAUUUUGAAUAUUUUUUGAUAAGCUGCUUCAAUGGAAAACAAAUACAUUUUCUGCUUAAUGAUUUCCUGUCAGUUCAUGUAAUCAUAUCAUAACCUGGAUUGUAAGCAGUUUUAUAUGACGUAAGCAGAUGGAAGGAUUAAAGCCAAAGUUCAUCGUGUCCUGUUAUGAAGUGACACACAGGCAGGAAAAGGAAGGGCAGGUCAUCACUAUCAACAUAAGCUGAUAAAACACACUCUUUGAUUUGUAUCAGUAGUUAUCAUCAUGAUAGUAGUACAAGACAACAAACAAAAGGGGGCGCACUUUCUAUGCCACACAUCUAUCUGCAUUGGUUGGAUGUUUUGUCCGGUCUGAGAGAGAGCAGAUGUCUUUGAGUAGAAAAUGUGUUUUUAUGAAUUAUUGAAGGAAAGGGCUUUUGAUUAGAAAGCUGUGAUUUUAUAUUUAAAUCCUACAUCUACCAUAUCUAGGUUUUACAUAUUUUAUACAUCAGAGAUUUCUUCGUGACAGUCCUGUUUGUGAUUCAUUCGUGUUAAUAGAGGCAGCAGAUGAUUCGCUGUAUAAGAUCAGAUGAAUUACUCUAUCUGCCAGCUGAUGUCUCACAGCCUCGAUGACAGAAAACUCAUACAGUCACUGAUAUCAGUGGGUGUCUUUACAGUCUCAUUUACAUUUGCCCAGAGUGCCUGACAAACCGUAGGGAAUGUGUGAUGGAAAAAUUUGUCUUAAGACUGAAAGACGGAUGAAUUUGUGUCUAAUUCGUGGAAGUCUUUGUGAAUGCGGUCUAAUCAGCUUAUACACUAAUUGGCUGUAUUAACUCUUGAAGAGCGGAUUAGCUUAUUGUCGCCGUAUAGUUUUCAGCUCUGAGGUUACACCUCACUUGCUGUUAUUCUUAUCUAGAGUCAAAGCUAUUAGAGUUACAGCACAUUCAUCCAGCGGUAGGCCAUGUUUGUUUUAAGUCCCCCCAUCAUGCUGGCAUCUGUCCAGCUGACCUACUGAUAAGCUAAAAAUAGAAAGUGAGGUUUUGUUUGCUUUGGGUCGUAAAUCACCCGGUGUCCUUGACUUCCUUUCUCACAACCUCACUGCUAUAUCAGCGGUCUGUGAUAACCUUCAUGUUAGGUCACGUGAAAAUACCCACAGCUCUUUUUCUUUUCUUUUAUCUCACAAGCGUUUCUUUUUUUUCCUCAAUGUUCUUUGCUUUUUUAAAAUUAUGCUAUAAUAAACAACAGCUGGAGGUGAGAGAGGACGCCAGCAGCAACAAGGACUCUCGCUUUCAUUGUGAUGAGGAGGAGCUAAAGAUGCACCAGCUCAACAUCCAGGUGCGAGAGGUCUUCGCCAACCGCUUCACCCAGAUGUUCGCCGAUUACGAGGUGUUCGUCAUCCAACCGAGCCAGGACAAAGAGUCUUGGUUUACAAACCGAGACCAGAUGCAGAACUUUGACAAGGUGAAGAGCUUCAGAAAGUUUGUUCGUACGACUGGGAUGGCGGGCAUCUUUGCAACAGUAACAUAUGAUGUUAAAUCUGACUUUGUUUGUUCGUAUGUGUGCAGGCCUCUUUCCUGUCAGACCAGCCAGAGCCUUACUUGCCCUUCCUAUCGCGUUUCCUGGAGACGCAGAUGUUUGCCUCCUUCAUCGACAGUAAGAUCCUCUGUCAUGAUGAUGAGGAGAAGGAGCACACGCUGAGGGUGUUUGACUCCCGUGUGGAUAAGAUUCGCAUGCUGAAUGUCCGCACGCCCACACUGCGCACCUCCAUGUACCAGAAAUGUACAAACAUUGAGGAAGCAGGUGAGUCUUUACGAUUCGUCAAUGAUCAGAUGAUGACAGGAAGAGUUUUUACUAAAUCUGGGGCUGCUUUAAAAGCAUUUUACGUUGUAUCUGUAACUAUAAAUGCCUCAGCUCUCCUCUUUUUUUAAUCUCAGGUUUUUUGGUUGAAAACAAAAGUUCACAGCAGCUUUCUGAAACUCAAAAAAAUUACCUUUUUGUGUCAAAAGUCACCCCGGGUAAAUCCACGACAUUUGCAUUUCGAUUCAGUUUAAUUAAAGAAGCUGUGAAACAAAUCCUUGAAUUCAAAGUUCAGCCAAGGCGUGAUUAUAGCGUCUGAGUUUUUGAACCGACCUGAACGGCUGGUGAUUGCUGUCUUCUUUGCAGACAACCUGGUUAAAAAGCGAUAUGAGAAAGCAGAUUUUGAGGCUCCUGGACCUCAUGUCAUUGAGCUGGAGAACGACAGCGCUGAUUCUCGUAAUGAAAUGUUUUUUUGCUCAUUACCUGAAACUUCCCUGGGGGGCAUUUCUCUGAAUGUGUGUGCAAUGCAACCUCUCACAGGGGAUAGAUGGACUAGAAUGUAGAAUAUAAUUUACGAGUAUUUCACAUUUCCAGUUCGGAGAUGUGUUUUGAAUCACGGCUGUUAAAGAUAAAGUCCUGUAAGAGAUCCUUAAUGUAUUGCAUGCGUAUCAGUUUCUACAGCUGCAGCUUGUGGAGCAGUUUUUCUGAUCUGUGUAUCGAUGAACUGAUAAUUCGAGCCGCCUUCAGGUGAACGAGUAAUGACUGAGUCUUUUCAGAAAUCAAUUCUGUUUUUUCCUGUGAAUCACAGCUUUAGACAGGCUGAUUGACUUUGAGUCCAUUUGUAAUUCUGCAGCACUUUUGUUCUAAUUGUUUAAUAUUUUGCAUAUGUUACUUUUUAAAAAGUCUAUUUGAAUCUCCUCAAAAUUCAUAGAUGCUGUUCAUCAACCCACCCAUGCGUGGGUUGAUGAAUAGGCGAUGGAAAACUGUCUGAAGCUGCAUUCAUGAACGAUUCUGAAGUGGUUUCUUAAAAAUGAAAGAAACAAAGAGAAUCUAUUCUGAGGCUCGGUUUUCUGACACGUCUUUGGUUCUGUGGGUGUAUGGGAGGAUUUAAACUUCUUUCUUCAGUUGUCAUUCAUUCUCCAUAGAAAUCACGGGGCCUUUUCAAUCAUAUUUUUCUUUUCUUAAAACAAGCGACAGAAAAUACUUGUUUUUCAUGACGGUUACGGGCUCUUUCACCUCCUCCUACUUGACCACCUGAUCUCCGUAACUCCUGAUAUUGAGCUUUGCCCGAGCUCAAGUACAAUUUGUUGUUCCUGAAAUGCUCCUUUCUCUCGGUGAAAGCACAAUUGGAACAAAUGAAUGAAAUGGAAAUGAUGAGUGUAUCCUGUCUCACCACCUCCCACGUCCUCUCUGCAGAGAAAGCCAUUGAGAUGAGAGUUUCAAAGAUCGACCACACGGCCCUGCAUCCCCACCUGCUGGACAUGAAGAUCGGUCAGGGCCGCUACGAGCAGGGCUUCUUCCCCCGACUGCAAUCUGAUGUGCUCGCAACUGGGCCAACCAGCAACAAGUGAUUGGAACUAUAACUUCUUCUCAUGGGGGAAAAAGUCUUCAUGGCUUAUUUUUGGUUCCUUGGUCGGGUUCACUAAAGUUGAAUCAUUUUGUGUUUCAGGUGGACCAAGAGGAGCGCCCCUGCCCAGUGGAGGAGGCGAGAUCGUCAGAAGCAGCAUGCCGAGCACCUUUAUUUAGACAAUGACCAGAGAGAGGUACGAGGUCACUGCAGUCUCCUCUGAGCUCACACCUUUGAGCCUCGUCUGUUCUGCCUGAUCUGUUGUCUGUUUGCUUUGUUCUGCUAUUGUUGACACCAUCUUCUUGUCUGCUUAACGCUCCUCCUCUUCAUACUCCUGGUCACUUUGUGUCUUUUUCUUUUCUUUCUCCGCCUCUCUCGCACUCACGCUUGCACACUCUCAGCAUGUAGAGUGUUUGUUUCCGGAGCUGCAGCUCCUGCUGUUUCUUGACUACUACUGGCUCUCACAGUCCUUCAAGCCCUGUCUAAAGUCGGUCUCUGUGGAUGUGGUAUGUGUUGGAAGUCUGUUAGGCAUUAAGCCUGAACACCAGGACCACAUGACCCGAACCCCCAUGUGGUCCUGACACCCCUAGACUUUGUUCAUCCCCACCAGUUGAGCUGUAUCUUACUGGGUGCAACUCUUACAAAUUCAACACAUUUACACAAUCUGCACUGUUGACAUGUUUUGUUUAAGACCUGAAUAAUAAUACUAAUAUUUGAACUGAGCACACUGUGAUAUAUGUUCUCAGAACAGUUCUAGUCCUAUGAUCCCAAAUUUGCACAGUCUGACCACUAAGGUCGAAUGCAUCACAGUGCAAGACAUUUCCAGUUUAUAAGUCCUGCACAGUGCCAUGUUAUUAUGAACAUUGUUGGCUGAUCACACUUUGGAGUCAAAGUAAAGAAAAUUGUGCCGCUAUUUUCAAAUCAGAUGUAGGUUUUUAUUCCAUAAAACCAAGAAUCUUCAGAGAUAAACACGUUAUUUUAUGAGGGUAAUUAGCCGAAGUACAAAUGUUGUCAUCUUAAAUCAUAAAUCAAAGCUGCUGCAGCAUAUUGUCAUGUCAGACUGCAGAACAAUGUGGGACUUGACCCCUGUAGUUGUAGCUGUAGUUUUUCCUUCUCCCCUAUUUGUUAACCUUUACCUGUGAUGUGAGUCAACCAGUUUCAGUUGCUUCUGUUUGUUUUUAGAGGUCAGCUGACUCGGUUCUUUCUCUUUCUGUAACUAGAAGUACAUCCAGGAGGCUAGAAACUUGGGCACAACCAUCAGACAGCCCAAACUGUCCAACCUGUCACCUUCAGUCAUCGCUCAGACUAACUGGAAGUUCGUUGAAGGGUUGCUGAAGGAGUGCAGGAACAAGGUUUGUGUACUACUUUUCUCUGGUAAAUCAGUGUUGCUCUGUUUAAAGACGAGGAGUAUCAUCAACAGUGGACCUUAAUCCAAACUGGACUACUACUAUUAAAAGUCCAGAUGUUGUCUUACAGUAAUAUAUCUAUUAUAGAAUAAAACUGCUAAUGGUGUCAAAACUUGCAUGAAAGUUAUAGCUGUCUUGACAGAUCAGGGUCUGUCAGCGCUUCAUUCGAAGGCUGAGUACUAACAGCGCUGUUGUCUCUCUCUAGACUAAGCGUAUGCUGGUGGAGAAGAUGGGUCGGGAGGCUGUGGAGUUAGGUCACGGAGAGGUCAGCAUCACUGGUGUCGAGGAGAACACUCUGAUUGCAAGUUUAUGUGAUCUGCUGGAGAGGAUCUGGAGUCACGGGCUGCAAGUUAAACAGGUGAAAAUCAGACAUGUUUGUUGUUGAAUUUCAUGAUUGAUCCUCAGAACAGUAAUGUUCACGUACGUUUUCUCUCUCAGGGUAAAUCUGCCUUGUGGUCCCACCUGCUGCACUAUCAAGAGAACAAAGAGAAGAAGAAUGCUACUCCGGGCAGUUUGGGACCUCCAGGUGAAAUGCUGUAAUCAGUAUAACUAUUUAACCAAUCAGUGACUAAGGGUGACUAAGUCAAUUAAUACCGUUUUUUCUAUUCCAGGUCUGAUUCAUGACACUGAGAGGCGCAAAUCUGAUGGUGGUGUUUCAGCCAUGGCCCCCCUUAAAGUUUCCUUGAUCCAGGACAUGAGGUGAGGAGGGUUUAGGGUUACUUAUACAUCAGCUUUACAGAGGAAUAAGUGACAUAAAUUUGCUUACAUUAGGACAGAAUAGGCCAAACAAGACGGGGUGACUGAUAUUGAAGCUGUUGAUCAAUAACAAAAGUCUGCUAAAUAAGACUGCCCCCUUGUGGUAGACUUUUAAACAGCAUUUACUAUGAAGAUAUGUGCUCUCAUGAUCAUCUAUGGCCAUUUUGUAUGUAUGAAUAUACAAGAUCCUCAGUGAGUUAAAACAUAAACUGAAUUCAUCUUUUAAAUCACGAGUGAACUUUCCUGUCAUGGAUUACUUUCUUUCUUUCUCUAUUCACGUAAAAAAGACAUUUUAACAAGAAUCAACGAGCAGAAAUUAGUCUUUAGAUGAUCAUAAAUCCUUCAGGAACCAACAACACGACCAAAAGAUUUGCUGUGAUUUACAUUGUACGUGCUCCAUAUCGUAUGAAAAAAGAUUUACAGUGAUGUUCACAUAAAGAAGUAAAAAUAGAAAAUAUAUAGAAAGAAAAAUAAUAUCUGAAUUUUUGAAAAGCCACAAAAUAAAAACAAAAUUCUGUAAACAUAAAUAUAUAAAUUCCUUUUAAAUUUCCAUGCACUACAUAUUUAAAUGUAAACCCAUUUGUUUACACUUGCCUUUGUAUAACCAGGACUUUGGCUACUAGUGUACUUUUAGUUGAUGUCUGCAGUGACUUUGCUGACCUGAAUUUUAGUCACUGUCUGGGUGCGGGAGUGAGGUGUUUUUGAAGCGCUUUUCGUGCAAUCCAAUUUCCAGCCCAAGGUUGUUGUUUAAUUAUAUUUUUGCCAUUUAUUGAUUAAAUGGAAAACAAACAAAAAAGACAGAUCUGUCCAAAUUACGACGAUGGUGUAUGUACGUGCUGUCGGAGAUCAGCGGUAAAAACUGUGUGCUCUACCUAUUCCCCAGAUCACUGCUUUACCUGUGUCCCUUUUGUAGCAUUUACCUGCUCAUUCACCCGAAGUGCCCCUUGUGGUGAUUGUACAAGUAACAAAACAAAACCCAAAAAAUAAUAUAGAUAAAAUGGCUCAUACAAUGUCUUUAGCUUAUGUCUUGUUGUCUUACCCUUUUUCAUUUGAUGACUGUAAAGCACUUUAUGACAAAUGUUCUAGAAAGGUGCUGUACAGUUGUUGAUAAAAAUGAUAAUAAUAAUAAUAAUAGUUGUUGUUGUUAUUAUUAUCAUGCUUGAAUAGAAUACUUUCCCAUAAGAAUAUGCAGUACACAUACUCUUGUACAUACCCAAAGACAGUCAUAUAUGUCUGCACACAACUCCCUUACUAUAAGCAGUGCCGUGGUUUGACAUAAACUGGUGAGGCUACAGCCAACAAGAUUGCCACCUCAGACCUUUAGGCCUACCCGGUGCUCCGUUAAGCUCAAGAUUUGUUACCCUAAUAUGAUCAUUAGGACCACUACACUGAGCCUUUCUGUGACCCCAUGAGUUAUCUGCAGCACACCUGCACAGUGUAGCAACUGUGUGUUAUGGCAGGCAUCAACAUAAUCAUGUGAUCCAUGCCUGUGUUUGAGGAGUCACACAGUGGGUCCGUGUAACUGCACGUUACUUCCAGCCUAAUUAUCAGACCCCCCGCCAGUCUGACUGAGAAGAGGGGAGGGGUCAGCUUGAGGCGCUCUAACUACACUGAUAGAUCAACCCCCCCUCCACAUUUAUGUAAACACAUAUGAAACAGCAGUGAUCCCCAAGCCUCCAGGAAUGUCUCUGAAUUAUUGAUUUGAUUAUUAAAUAUUUUGCUGAAUCUCUAAGUUUGAAGCUUGUUUACAUUGAUGGGGAGACUUCAAGCACUGUAAGUGUCAGGCUGUUUUCUGUGUUAGAAGGCUUCAUACACUACGUUUCCUCUGUUGCCAUGGUGAUAACGAGCGGAAAAAACUGGGUUACUUGGUUUGAGUGAGUGUAUAGGGCGGAGACAAGGAGGGGGAUGGAAGGUGGAGUAUGAGAGGCGUGCGGCUCUCAGCAGACGAGCUGCUGGCACAGGUGGAGUGGAAGGGAAUGUGUCUGGACGGCGGAGGCAUGAUAGUGGCUUCGAGCGAUGACAUGGGACCCAGUCUGGGUUUGAAAAUGCCACUACAGAGGCAGACUGAGCUGCUCCUGUGGCUGUGAGACUGACUCAGGGCAGGAAAGUCAGACUCAUCGUGAUACAUUAUACAUCUACCAGACAGAGCUUUUCAACAACAACAACUACGGUGCUGAAAUUAUUUUUGAAUGAGCCUUUGAUGACAUGUUUGUUAUGUUUCAUUUAGCAUGUCAAACAGCAAAUAUCUGCAGAAAAACAAAUGAAUGUUUUCCUCUUUUCUAUUCUACAUACUGACUGACCAAACAUGCAAUUUUAUUGAGUUGCUUUGGAGUCUUAAAUCUGUAACUGUUAGUUUUGUUUUUUGUUUUUUUGGGUCACAGCCCAAAUAUUCUCACAUCUGCACUCUUCAGUAUCACACAAAACAAAUGUAUUCAUCUGACCAUGCUGUCUGUGCUAACAAGAGAGAUAAAAGACCUGAUCUGCAUAAUUGAAAUUAGUCAUUCAUGUUUUGUGUCUGUGGUUCCAGACCUUUUUUGGCCCGGGGUCGCCUCUCAGCCCUGUCAGAUGAAUUCAUGUUGUUGCUCACCAAAGACUGCUUGUUAUGUUUCAAAUAGACGACUGCAAAACCACUUGAGUGGAUAUCGUAACUUUUCAUGCAAGUGACAUGGCCGUACAAAGGUGGUGUGGUCACUGGUCAGUGAAGUGAGGAGUUCCAGCUGGUUAUCCUUUAUGUUUUGCAAACUUUUUUUUAACCCUUUAGUGCCUUUUGUAUCAUAUUCGAUACACACUUUUAUAUACUUCUAUCAAAUCAAUAUGAUCAACAAAUUACUAAAAAAACACCUGAAUACAGUCAGAUAAAUGAUAAAAAUGUCCUCUUGUAGUUUAUCAGUUUCCAAAAACAUCUAAUGUAUCAAACGAGAUAAAUAAAUAUAUUUGUUAAAUUUUAAGGUCAUUUGGAUUUUUUUGGUUUUCAGUAGUAGGUGAAAUAAACGUUUCAGCCCCCCAAAAUUUGAAUUUACUGGCCAUAAUUUGUGGUGUCAGGCAUUAAAGGGCUACUCAGUUAUUCAAUAUUUGUUUCUUUCUUUUUUUAAAUCACUAACUGAGAAAUUAUAACCAAAUCUCUCUGUUGUAAAUUUUCAUGCACUCUGAAGUGAGUGCACUCUUCAAUUUUCAUAUGUAGACCUAAUAACUUGUCUUAUUAGAUGAAACCUACAGUAUAUUCAUAUAUAAAUAAUUCUUGCACAUAUAUAAAGUCACUUGAGCCUCUGUCACCCUUAAACAUCGUCACUAUUAUAUCAGGACAAAAUGAAAACAUCCUUCCAGUGUAAAGACUCAGCACAUACGGGGUCUAACAGGCUUAUCAACACUUUUCACAUUUAGUCUCAGAAGAAUCCAUCAACUUGAUGAAAAAUGAUGUUUAUGUAUAUGCCCCGAACUCUCUGUAAUUCUCCUGUUGUCGGUUUUUUUUAAGACAUAUUCAGAACAUCAGUGAAAUCAAGACAGAUGUGGGCAAAGCCAGAGCCUGGGUUCGUCUGUCUAUGGAGAAGAAGCUGUUAUCAAGACACCUGAAGCAGCUGCUUUCAGACCACGAGCUUACAAAGUGAGUGAGCGGAAAGAGAACAACACAAAUCUAACUCUGCUGUCAGUCUGUGUGGUUUAAAAUCAGCAUUUUUUUUUCCUUACCUCAUCCUGACCUCUCUUUUUUGUGGAGGAAUGUCUGUCUCAUAUGAAAUAAGGAUGACGUGUGGUACACCCAUUUAUAAUACAUUAACUCAUUUGAAAUUGGAAAGCAUCAUACCUCAGUCUACUGCCAGAUAAAUAAUUCAAAGCCUUCUCCAUAAUUGAAAUAUGAGUGUUGAAUUGGGUCAGGGGGUUGUCUGUCUGCCUUUGUGACCUUGCCAUCACUAGCUGUCCUUUUUUUUCUCCUCCUAGAAAACUGUACAAGCGAUACGCCUUCCUCCGCUGUGAUGAUGAGAAGGAGCAGUUCCUCUACCACCUCCUGUCCUUUAAUGCUGUUGAUUACUUUUGUUUCACCAACGUCUUCACAACCAUCAGUGAGUGAUAUUUCUUUAUACCAAACAAUUAAAAAUUAGAUAAUUCAAGGAGUGAUUGUGUUAAUUGAAAUUACCCUCAUCUGUAUCCCUCAGUGAUCCCCUACCAUGUGGUGGUGAUUUCCAGUAAGAAGCUGGGGGGUUCAAUGUUCACAGCCAACCCUUGGGUGUGUGUUUCUGGUGAGCUGGCAGAGACAGGAGUCCUGCAGGUCCCAAGAAACACUCUGGAGAUCACUUUUGAGGUUGGUGUUAAUUUUCUGAUUAAAGAUAGCCCCAUUGUACAACAGCCUCUUCUUUAUUUUUAUAAUUUAAUUACAACUUAGUUAUCAUCUCAAUUGUUUAAGGUCAAAUAAAUCUGUAUCUCUCACUGGUUAAACUUGUACAUCUCACAAAGAAAGAAUUGGUGGCUUCAUUGUUUAGUACAAAUGAAUAUCGCGGUAAAGGGAAAAUGAGAAAAGACCUAUUCUGAAGAAAAGAAGAAUAAUUAUUUAUAUAAAGUACAAAAAGGUUCAAUAACAGAUGAAGAUUGCUGUACAACUGAACAAUUUAUCAAGAAAUCACCCUAAAAAAGCGCAGAAAUGAACAGAAAAAAGUACUAAGAAUAAAUCCAAGGAUUAGAGAUAUCCUCGGAUAUCUCCUGUUGGAUAUAUCCUUGGAUCCAAGGAUAGAGAUAAUAAAAUGUCUGAGUCAAGGGUGAAGGUUUUAUUUUCACCUUAAAUAAGGCCAGACAAGGGGGGAUAUUUUGGCUGUAAGAUCCAGCGGGACAAGACGUCCCAGUGGUUCAAGACGAGAACUUCUAAAUCAGAUCAUCCAUACCAACUUAUCUAAAGGUAUUAGACCUACUUUGUCUUUAAUGAUCCCUCUUUCCAUGCAUGCUAGGCCACCUUAAAGGUUGCCUGUAAAUCAGCUGAGCUAAUUUAAAUGACUGCUUAAAUGAUAGUGUUACCAUUUACCAUGCUGUCUUCAAAUGCAUUAUUGCCCUGACCGUGCCUCUCUCACUCUCUCAGUGUCAGAAUCUGGGCAAGCUCACCACUGUACAGAUGGGUCACGAUAAUUCAGGGCUCUACGCAAAGUGGCUGGUGGAGUCUGUUAUGGUUCGCAAUGAGAUCACAGGCCACACUUACAAGUGAGUUUUUUUUUCUUUUGAGAGCAGUCUGACUGCUGUAAUAUGGGCGAUAUGUAUCCUGAAUAUCAACCUUUAUGCUUUUCGCAGGUUUCCGUGUGGACGGUGGUUGGGGAAGGGUGUGGAUGAUGGCAGUCUGGAGAGAAUUCUGGUGGGUGAGCUGAUGACCCCCACCACAGAGAAUGAUGAAAGAAUGUGCCGGACUCCCCCCAUGCAGCAGUCGCCUGGGAUGAUGAGGAGGUUUGUCACCAUCUCGCCAAACAGCAAACCAAGUGAGUAACUAAAUCUGAUAAAACCAACUCCUCCUUGUUAUAUUGAAGCUGAAGGAAAAAUAUUCUGCAGGUCUAGGACAACUGUGUUUCCCUGUUUUUGCUAACUUGUGCUCUAGGUCUUGUUCUUAAUGCCUUUGCUGCUAGAAGUUCAAAUGCAUGAAUAAGAAAACACUGUGAUAAAUAGAUAAAACCUGGUUAGGGGGUUUUCCUCCCUGUGUCUGCUCAUAUUAUCUCACAUCAUCUCUGUUUGCCCUUUUCUUCUCCUGCAGAGUUAAACACAGGUCAGAUCCAAGAGGGAGUCGGGGAGGCCAUCAAUGGGAUUGUGAAGCACUUUCACAAACCGGAGAAGGAGGUGAGAGACCGCCGUCUAGACAGGCCCGAACAUGUAGUUCUAUUAUUCAUCACAGAUGAAGAAAAGCAGCUUUCUGCUCUGGUGGUCUCAAAGCCUCUCAGUAACUGUGGGCUGUGUGGGAUGAUUCACAUUGUUAGAGAGUAGUGAAGAUGAGUUAUGACUGUUGUAGACAUAAAAAACUUUUCCUCAUAGUGUUUUUGCACAGUGACACAUUUCAAUUCUUAGAGAACUAGUUAAAAAACACACUUUUUUAGAUUUAAGCACAUGGAGUUUCACCUACUGAAGAGGUGCAUUAUAAGUGAGCUGUUGAUUACAGGUCCUGAGAGCCACGCACUGUGCACUUAGACUACAAAGAGUAUCACUGGGAAAUCCCCUUCCCUUCUGCUCCUCCUCUUCACAGUACUGACAGAAUAAUCUAGAGAUUCUGCUUCAAUCACUAAUAGUCCCUCACUUCACUCACUGAAAUAUACUCUGUAUUCUAUUCUAAAGUGUGGUUUACUUAUCACAGCAAAACGAAUAAAUGCUUUGACAUCAUGGUUCUUUUUCCUGCACAGAGAGGCAGCCUGACCCUUCUCCUCUGUGGGGAGUACGGACUAGUCUGGGCUCUGGAGCAAGUUUUCCAGCACGGCUUCAAAUCGCCCAGACUCUUCAAGAAUGUCUUCAUUUGGGACUUCUUAGGUAAAGACUUGAAAACAUUAUUAGUCCUUCAUAUGACAGGAGCUGAUAGUCAUAUUUCACCCAAUACUUCUCCAUAUCUGAGGUUGAUUUAUACAGGUUAUUGAUAGAUACUGCCACUCUAAUAUUUACCAUAAACACUGCUACUCUUAGCUUUUGGCCUCCUUUGAGCUUUGAUUACAGAAACAACACAAAAGUAGUGUAUUCUUCGGUGUCCCUCAUUUGUUGUUGACCGUUUACAUCACGUGUUGUGUGAGAAAAAAAGGAUUUGGUAGACAAAGGAGGACUGUAUUUGUGCAGGGUUGGUUCAGGAAAAGGUAUGAAUUAAAUGUUUGCAUGAACUUAGAUCCAGCCACAACAUGAGAAAAACAUACUUAUCUCAUGUGAAGGAUAUUUUGUUUGUAAUUGGUUUUUAACUUCUCUUUCAAUCUCUUUUUGCUUUAAUAGAAAAGUCACAAGUGUACUUUGAAAGUGCGGAGCAGCGAGAGGUGGCCCCGGAUGAAAAUUGGCAAACCAGAGUGCGCCACUUCUGUCGCUUCAUGCGUGCCAUCAACAACACAUCAAGAAAUAUUGGCAAGGACGGGAAGUUUCAGAUGCUCGUCUGUCUGGGCGCAAGGUGAGCCCAAAAAUCUCACAAACGACUGAGACAUGUUUAGAUAAUAGGACACAUAUAUUAUAUACAUGCUAUAUGGAGAAAAAAACAUUUUUUGGGUUCGUGAGAUGAAACUUGAUCAGUAAACACAAGAUUUUAACUGCAGAAGGGUUCGAAAGAUUUAGUAAAUGUGUGUGGUGCUAGCUCCAGCUGUGUUUGGUCACUUUUUCUAUGCUGUAACUUCCUGACACACGAGGAUAAGAAAUAUAAACCAGUCCUUCCUACUGAAACAGUCCUUGAUGCACUGCUCUGUUUCUGACCCUGCAUCCUGACCUCCCAUGUGUCAAGAGAAAAGGAUCUUUCCUCUGAGGAUUCUUGGAGUGUCAUUUUCAGUAUUUUAGCACAAAAUAAUGAAUCAAUAAUUUAAAAUAUUACAGAUUUAUCCCUGUCAUCAGCCCUUUAGUAGACUGAUUCUCUAACUGCGCUGAUAUGUUGUUUUGAGUUAAAAUUGGCUUUAUACAGUAUAGUUUGUAUUGUAAAAGUGCAACAUUCGCAUUAAUAACAAUGUCUUCCUCUCUCAGGGACCAUUUGCUGCAUCACUGGAUCGCUCUGCUUGCAGACUGUCCAAUCACCACUCAGAUGUACGAGGACAUUGCACUGAUUAAAGACCGCUCAUUGGUAAACUCUCUGAUCAGAGUCUUACAGACCCUGCAGGAGUUCAACAUUACCCUGGAGGCUUCGCUUGUCAAAGGUGUUGGUAUCUAAACUGAACCAAUGAAGAUCACUAGGGACCACUGAAGAGAAUUAGAGAACCUUUUAUAUGCAGGAACCCACUUGAACAAAGGACAUUUUCUGGCUUAUAUUAAAGCUACUGUUACAUUUGCCAUAUAUAUUAAGUGCAAUGAGCCUUUCAAGAUAUGUUGUUAUUUUUAUCCUCAAUGAUGUUGCCAUUAGAUGUUAAAAGUAUGUUUUCUAAUAUGAACCAUGAUUUUCACAUUAAUGACAAUGACCUAUUUGUGCUAUGUUUUAUUGAAAGCUAAAUAUUUUCAUUGUUAUCGUGAACUGCUGACAAUGGCUAUAUUUAAGGGAAAGUGAGGAUCAAAACUGUUAAUAUAUUUUCAGAGAUAAACAGUAUUAUUUUGUUAAAUCGGUCAAGUUGCUUGCUCUGUUGUCAACUCAGAUUCCAAUGUCAUUACACAGAGCUUAAAGCAAAUGAUGCAGAAGUAUGCUUUAUAAGUAUGUGUAUGACAGAGGGGCUUGUAGUGUGAAGAUGAGUCAUCUAUGUAGGUAUAGAAAGGCUGUUGUAUUUGGCCAGUUCCUUGAGAAAUGUACCAAAAUGCAGAUCUUUUACAUCGAGUACCCACAGAAUGAUCCUUUUUGCAUGGUAAUAAGACUGUGUGGCGAAAGCCUGUUAUAUUUUUCAGUUGGAUAAGGAAGCAUACGCCAGGUUCUCCAAAAGAUGCUUGACACCGCUUUGCGCAAAGUGGAUCAAACUGACAGCCUUCAUGUAAAUACCUCCAACCAAGUUUUUCUGCCUAUCAUCCCAGCCCUCACACUACAUGUGUCCUCUUCUCUGAACAAUGACAGUGUGGUGAUCUGUGUCGGAUUACCUCCUUUUACCCUGUGAGGAGGAAAAGGAGUCAGCUCAUUUACCUAUCCUGAUUUUGUCAUCAUGGUUUCUUGCUAUGCAAUAUCCACAAGGAAAAUUCAACCCUCUCUGAACUCUAUCCUGGGGUGUCUUGGAUAUUACCACACCCUCUUCUGUUACAUGCAUUGAACUGACUGUGCAGAGCAAGAGAUCUGAUAUGUGAAGAACCUCUUUUCUGUGCCAAUGUCUGGAAUGACUGUGUUGUACUCGUCUGUGUACAACCUACACAUGAGCAUCUUGGGAGAUAUCUAUUUUUGUUUUCCAAUACUGUUGUACAUUUAUUGACAUAGCUGUGUAAUGUAGUGUUUACUAAGUGAGCAACAGUGUACAGUGUAAAAAAAUAUAUUAAGAAUAAAGCAUCUGUAAUGGGUUAACAUGAAUCUUACUGUUUUAUUGGUUGACUAAGUUCAGAAUCAAUAAUCAGUCGCUGACAAUGAGAAUAUUCAGACUACUGAUUUCAUUUCAUAGACCCAGAGCUUGCUGGGGGGAUUGUACUGUAUAUCCCACUUGGCCUAGGCCCUGGUAUCCCUGAGGUGGAGCUGGAAAUGUUUCUGGGGCGAGGGAUGCUGUCCCAAUCUUGCAAUGGUUGAAUACUAGAAUUAGUUCGCCGACGCUCCGUAUCUACUCUCCACUUGAUAGGGGAGAGUGGGGUAAGAUGAGCCAUUUUUCUUAUUUCGGAUCACUACAUCAAGUUAAUCAUAGUUUUGUCUCUAACUAGUGUAUCUGCAGAUAUUUCCAGAUGUUGUGCAUCCCUGCAAAACAACAGAAUAAGUGUAAACAUAACUGUCUUGAUAAUAUAGCAUGCCAAAAAAAGUGGUCUGCUAUGGUCAACUUACCCAGUGUAUGGGCUAAGUAAGUUGACCAUAGGAGCGGGGUAAGUUGAGCCGUAUCCCUACUACCACCCCACUCUCCACCCCAGCCCUCCCUCACCUUCUCUCUCUCUAAAUAACAGUCACUUCUUCACAUUCAUGUGUAAUUUUAUCUAUUAUACGCUAUUUAACUAGUACAAUAAUUCUGCUAAAAAGCUGUUUUGUAAAAAGUCAUUUUCACAUAAGAAUGUCUUUAAGUGAUUCAGAACAUUCACAGCUGUAAUUUUGAAAAGGAGAAGUAACACAUUUCAACAAUCUGAACUGAAACUCUGAUCCUCUCAUCAGAGUUCUUUACUUUCUCAGUUGACUCACUGGCUUAAUUUACCCCAGAACUACUAUUAUGACUUUAUUAGUCCUCUAAGAUAAAAUGGUGGACUUUUAUGGUAGUAAUAUAAAAUAAAUGUCUAACUCCUUCGCCCAUGAGCUUCUAACCUUCACAGACUCCAUGAAUUGAUGCCCAUCUCCUAAAUAUUUGGUAACAUGAUCAAUUUCUUUGACCUUUUCCAAGUAACAGGGAGUGGCUCAACUUACCCCACUCUCCCCUACAGUCCUAUAUUUCAUUUUCACUUUACACUUUUUAAAGCAAAACUGCCCCUUAACACUAGAAAUGCACCAAAUAAAGCAUUUAAUCAAAGUAAAUUUGUGAUGAAUUAUCAUUUUUUGGAAAGGGACACAGCAAUGGCUGAGUUGUUGAAGCCAAUAACAUACUCCUCAUCAAAUCGGUGUAUUACUCUCAGCUGAGUAAAUGUCAACAAACCCGUUCGCGCCAAGGCAAAUGGCUGUUUAUCUUUAAAGCUUCGGCCCCGGUGGUUUGUGGGAUGUUGAGUUCAAAAAGAGAGCCGUUAAAACUGAUGGCACUCACGUUUCCCGCUGGUUCACUACGCCACCCAUCAUUCGUGUCUCCGGAAGAAGGCGGGAGGCGAACGCCGAUUGGACGAGCGCAGGUUCAAACCCAACCGCUGCACUCCUUAUAUGGUCAUCGUACGCCAGUUCUUUCAUUCCUGCUUCUAUGCUAAUGAUAUUGUAAUAUCCAGCUGUAUGCGUUAGUAGUAAGAGCAUGCGCAGUGCGUGGAAGGAACACGGCGAAGAUUCAAAGUUUUUGUUCAGUAAGUGCACAGUUAUUUGUCUUUUUCAAGAAAUACCGCUACCAAAUCGAAACAUUUUGCUCUGUAUUGAUAGACGGGUUGCUUUUUGUUGUGGUUGUAAAGUGACGCAUGUUUUUUCUGUUGUUUAAGUCAAAUGCAGAGGGACUUACCGACUUGACAAUAGGUUAACGUGGAAGUGAACGGGAGCGCGGCGUGGUGAUGGUAGCUGAGUCGGUUAGCUAGCAUGCUAAAGGCUAACAACAAUGAACCAUAUUUGGCGCUCUAGCGGGCAAAAGUUUGAAUUUAAAGGGAAGGAUGUGCUCAAUACAACUUUUCUGUUUUUCACUAAAAGUCUAACCAUAUACACGAAUAACUCAGGGUCGGUAACCGCAUGUUAUAUAACUUAGUGAGUCGGUUUCCACAGAGGUGAACGAAGAGCCCGGUAGCUUUUUGUUUCUUCACUUCAAAAAGAGAUGCAGCUGCUGCCCGCUUUUUGUCUCCGCUCUCGGUGUAAACAAACCCAUGACUGAGCAAACACCCUCAUCCUCUGAUUUAAUAUUAUUAUUCUUUUAAUUGUGCAAAAGUUUGCGGUAGAUUCUGAAGCGAUGAAAAGUAAAAUAAUAAGUCAGCUAACGCCAGCAGCAGCGGUGUGUUGAUAUUGAAGCGUUUCUGUGAUUUACCUCUUGAUAGUUUGAGAGUUUGGUGUUUUUCAACGCUAACUGCGAUACUAAAUGUUAUUUAUCUAGACAUUCACUUUUUCUUUUGACAAUACAUCAAUUCUACCAGGUUAGGACAUCCAAGUUGUGUCAUAUUUUUGGGUUAUUUGUAUGUUUUCGUGACAUUGCAUUAGUAUUCAAGGUACUCGGAGUACUCGUAAUGCUUUUAACUUAAUUGUGCAUUGGGAGUGAAACGCGUUCCUGCCUUAAACCAGUGUUUCAUGCCUUUUAUAUUAAACAUUUAGCGUGUAGAAAGACUUGGUUGUUUCUGUGCGUGUGUGCGUGCAGGGACCGCCCCCUUCUUAGUAGUAGAAAGCACAACUGUCUGCAGACACACACGGUGCUUUCCACGAGAACUGCGACCAUUACCGACCUUUGUUUUCCUCUGUACAGGGUUUCUGCAACAACAAAUAGACUAUGUUCGGCUUUCACAAAUCAAAGAUAUACCGGAGUAACGACGGCUGUUGCAUCUGCAAGACCAAGUCCUCCAGUUCACGCUUUACAGACAGCAGCCGAUAUGAGGAGACAUUCAGGAUGUGUUUUGGGUAAAAAAAGCUCUCGUUUAUUCACUUAUUCUAUCUGCAACGUGUUAAUUCGACUACCAAUCAGCCUUUCUUUGAGCAGAAUAAUGCAACGGCAUGCUGAACAUUGUGUUGUGUGUUUCAUUCAUUCAUUCAGGCUCUCAGAGGAUCGUGUUGGAGACAUUUGUAAUGCAUGUGUGUUACUGGUUAAGAGGUGGAAGAAGCUACCGAACGGCUCCAAGAAAAACUGGAACCAUGUAAGUGAUGUCUGCUUCAAGCUUUGAGGAAAUUAGUCUUGUUGUUGUUGUUUGGUUACAAGCUGAUAUUGAGUGUUUUUUUUUUCCAAAUCUUGACCCAGGUGGUCGAUGCCAGAGCUGGACCGGGCUUUAAGGUGACAAAACCCAAGAAGAUUAAGAACAGCGAUGGCAAGAAGAAAAGCAAGCUAAAGAAGCUCCACAAGUUAAAGAGACAAAGUAAGUUGUUAAAAAAAUUUUUACACAUAAUUUGGACAUGCAAAAAGCUUUUUGAAAACAAUGUAAUCUAUACAACAAAUAACUUUUUUUGGCUUAUAGUGAAAGUGUUUAUAGUAAAAGUCCUUGUCAGGCUGGUACAAUAAGGUUUUACUAUAACGUAGAAAGGUACAUUAAAACAUAACUUAAAUAGUUUUCCUGAGGCUUGUAUCAGCAAACAGAACUUGAGGUUUGCAAAGUAACCUUAAGUUCAAAACUGCUUUUUUGCCAUGGUUACUCCUGCUCAUAUCUAGCCUGCUCAGGUAACAUGCAUAAAAGAAGGAGAUAAAACACUGCCUGCUAACCCAUCAGUCCCUUUGAUCAUGGAGCUUGUUUUGGGAAUGGAGGGAACAGUGAUGUUCAGCGUUUUUACAAAAAGCUAUGGCUUGUAUGUUGAGUCUGAUUUUACUGUCCUGCUGCAGAGGAUGAUGGAAGAUUGUACGUCCUGUUCCUAGGGUAGUUUAAACCUUGAUUUUAUUCUACAUUUUACCUUUUGAUAUGUUGACCUGCUGCUUGUAGACUUUUCAAUGUUAGCAUUAGGUCAUACACUGAAAACACAUAUUUUAUGUAAACGCCUUUAUAUUUAAAUUAGCAAACUUUAGGGGUCAUAAGGCAACAUGACAGCUCAGUGCAUUCCCUGAUGUUAGCCUAAGGGACGCUGUUUAUCUCAUUAAUUUCCUGGGUAUUCUUUACUUACUAAAUCAACUAGGAUUUCUUCUUAUUGUUCAAACUCUUGUGAUUCAAUAAAUCAGUGUUGCUAGGAUUUAAGUAUCCAACAAAAUCUGUACUGUAUGAUGUCAGUGCUUAAUUGUUUAUUUCGAUUUCCAAGCAGACUCAGAUGCCCACAGUACAACCUCCAGUGUGUCCCCUGCUCAGUCCCCCAGUUACAGCAACCAAUCAGAUGACGGCUCAGACAUCGAGUCAAAACAAAGGCGAACAACCCCCUCAAUUUUCUCAUUUUUGGACCGAUCAUACUGGAAAAGGCAAGUUUCUGCUCUUAUAUAAACCUUUUGUUGAAUGAAACGAUCAAUUUAUGUAACUUUUCUGUUUCUUUGUUAUGAUUAAUGACCAAAAAAUUAUAUGUUUUAGGCAAAAGGUGUGUUGCGGGAUUGUCUACAAGGGUCGGUUUGGAGAAGUGAUUAUUGAUCCUCGACUCUUCAAGCCCUGCUGCAGUUCCAAAAAACAGAAGACACUGGUGUCCACGCAAAUGGCCACACUCCCUCCGCAGAUCCCAGAAGACAUGAAAGAAACCUGGUGA